ACGCGGCCACGGACACAAGGAACAUGUUGCGCCAGGCUCUGUGCGUGGCGGCGCUGGCCGGCCUGGUCGGCGUCGUCCUCGGGGACCUUUUCCCAGUGCCGCGGCUCCGACUCGCCCCCGGACACCCCGGACUCGCGCCCCUGCCCGGCCUGCCCUCAGGCCUGCCCCUGCCCGGCGUCCCCGGAGUCUCCGGCCUGCUGCGGGAGCAGCCCCCGCCCGGCUUCGUCGGCGACGAGCUCCACGAAGGCAGCUCCUGCUUCAACCAGUUCCACAACAAGCGCGGCAUGUGCGUGCCCGUGACGCGCUGCCCGGGCGCCCGCGACGACCUGGACUCCAACAACCACCCCGAGAUCUGCUCGUUCGCGUGGAUGGAGCCCAUCGUGUGCUGCCCGUGCCCGGCGCGCGCGCCGCAGCAGCCCGCCGGCCUGGACCAGUCCGAGGACGAGACCAUCGUGUUCCCGCACCUGCCGUCGCUGCACGCCCCCGAGCACGACGAGCUGGCCGUGUGCGCUGAGGCCUUCGCGUACUCGUACCACCGGCCGAGGCCGCCGCGGCCCCCGCACCACAAGCCCUACCCGCACGAGAAGCCCUUCCACCCGGGACACCCCAGCCGGCCGCCGACCUACCCGUCCGCGCCGACCGACCCGUACGGCCCGGGCCAGGGUGUCCAGGGUGGCCAGGGCAGCAAGCCCCCGCACCCCACGUACCCGUACCCCAGGCCGCCUGCCAGGCCGCCGCCGGGCGGAGCACCCUUCCCGCCGCAGCAGCCCUACCCGUACCCCGAGCAGCCCGAGCGGCCCGAGCGGCCCGACGAGCUGCCGUCCGGCGGACUCGUCGGCAGCGGGCCCGGGCCCCGACCCCCCACCGGCGGCUACCCCGGCUACCCCGAGGAGCCAGCGAACCCGCCGCCAAACCGCCCCAUCCGGCCGCCGCAGCUGCCGCAGAGGCCGCCGACGACGAGCGCGCCCUUCCCGCCGCCCUACCCUCUGCAGCCCGGACAGCCCGGACAACCCCUGCAGCCCGAGGAGCCCGAGGAGCCCAUCGAGCUGCCAGUCAAGCCUCUGCCCACCCACCCGCCAGGCACGCACCCGUCCGUCCCCCUGGGGCCGCCGUCAGGGCCUCCGUCAGGGCCCCCGAACCGCCCCCCAGCCGGGUACGGCAACGACUACCGCCCAGAGGUGCUGCUGAAGCCCGCCGUGGCGCCGCUACCCGACGACUUCUACGGUGCCACGCCCGCCGUGCUGCCCGCCGCGGUUCCCGCCGUGCUGCCCGCCGAGGACACGCCAGUGUCGCCCACGUCGCCACCCACGCCAUCCACGACGGCGGCCCCGACGGCGGCCCCGACGCCCUCAACGACUGCCGCGCCGCCGACGCCGCCCCAGGAGGACGACCUGAAGGCGCCCACCACGACCAUGCCCGACGACGUGGUGACCGGGGCAGUCACGACUCUGCUGCCGCCGGACAUCCAGCUCCUGACGGACAACAAGAACUCCUUCCCUAGCAACGCCAGCUCCACCGAGCAGCCGCAGACGGCGACGCCGGCCUCUGAGGACCAACCCAAGCCCACUGAGGUGCCCGCGGUCCCCGCAGACGUGCAGCCUGUCACUGAUGCCCCCGCCGUCCCCGAGGACAAUCCGACCGCCGCCCCCGAGGGCGCUGUGAAGGACGCCGUCGAGGACAUCGCCGCGGCCACGACCCUGCCGCCGAACGCAGCCGCCAGCGACCCGGUAGCACCCUCCGAGGGGAACUCUGACGCCCCCGUCCCAUCGACAGACGCCCCCGUGCCCUCCACUGACGCCCCCGUGCCCUCCACUGACGCCCCCGUGCCCUCCACUGACGCGCCUGCCCCUUCCACGGACGUGCCCGCGACAGACAGCACCGAGGCCCCCGCCGCAGGACUCUAGCGACAGCCGAACAGAUCGUCAGACCCGUCCGCGGAUGUUGACCGUGACGUCACCAUCGCCCCACGGACGUUUCCCCGAUGACGAGAACGAAGCGAUACGCACCAACUGUGUUCCUACUGCACUGCAGACACAAAUGUCGUAGGUUAGCUUUAAUUUAUUCUAUUAAAACAAAAAGAGGAAAA